AUGGGGGAAGCUAAGAGUCUUUCUUCUAACACAAAUGGCUACAACAUGGGAAUGGUAUUGAUGCUAGCUUGCAUGGUUUUGUCAUGGAUUUUUAUCGAUAGAUGGAACCAAAGAAACAAAAAAGGCCCAAAAACAUGGCCGAUUGUAGGAGCAGCAAUUGAGCAGUUUAUGAACUAUAAUCGAAUGCAUGACUGGCUUAUCAAAUACCUGUCUGAGUUAAGAACUGUGGUUGUACCAAUGCCAUUCACAACAUAUACUUACAUUGCAGAUCCUGCUAAUGUAGAACAUGUCCUCAAGACCAACUUUGCUAAUUAUCCCAAGGGUGAGACAUACCACUCAUACAUGGAAGUCCUGCUUGGAGAUGGGAUAUUUAAUGUGGAUGGAGAACUGUGGAGGAAGCAGAGGAAGACUGCUAGUUUUGAGUUUGCAUCCAGGAAUUUGAGGGACUUUAGCACAGUAGUCUUCAGGGAGUAUAGCUUGAAGCUCUCUUCUAUUCUUAGUCAAGCAUCUUUCCACAACCAAGAAGUAGACAUGCAGGAAUUGUUAAUGAGGAUGACUUUGGACUCCAUAUGCAAAGUUGGGUUUGGAGUAGAAAUUGGAACACUGGCUCCCAAUCUACCAGAAAAUCGCUUUGCACAGGCAUUUGAUACUGCCAACAUCAUCGUGACACUUCGGUUCAUCGAUCCAUUGUGGAAAAUAAAGAAGUUUCUUAAUGUGGGCUCAGAGGCUCUCCUUGAUAAGAGCAUCAAAAUCGUUGAUGAUUUCACCUACUCCAUGAUUCGCAGAAGGAAAGCAGAAAUAGAAGAAGCCCGAGCUGGCACUGGUAAAAGUAACAAGAUAAAGCAUGACCUAUUAUCAAGGUUCAUUGAGCUAGGUGAAGACCCCGAAAGCAAUUUCACAGACAAAAGCCUCAGAGAUGUUGUCCUGAACUUUGUGAUAGCAGGGCGAGAUACAACAGCAACAACUCUCUCAUGGGCUAUAUACAUGGUAAUGACGCACAACCAUGUAGCCGAGAAGCUUUACUCUGAGCUCAAAAUUUUUGAAGAGGAUAGGGCAAAGGAAGAGAAUGUUAAGUUGCUUCAGAUUAACCCGGAAGAUGCUGAAUCAUUCAGUCAAAGGGCAGCGCAAUACGCUGGACUUCUGACUUACGAUUCCUUGGGAAGAUUAUACUAUUUGCAUGCGGUGAUCACAGAGACACUUCGUUUGUAUCCUGCAGUCCCUCAGGACCCCAAGGGUAUCCUGGAGGAUGAUAUCUUGCCUGAUGGAACCAAAGUAAAAGCAGGAGGCAUGGUAACUUAUGUUCCCUACUCCAUGGGCAGAAUGGAGUAUAACUGGGGUCCUGAUGCAGCUUCAUUCAAGCCUGAAAGAUGGCUCAAAGAUGGUUUCUUCCAAAAUGAAUCUCCAUUCAAGUUCACUGCAUUUCAAGCUGGACCAAGGAUGUGCCUGGGUAAGGACUCUGCAUAUCUCCAAAUGAAGAUGGCACUGGCCUUAUUGUGCAGAUUUUUCAGCUUUAGUUUAGUAAAAAAUCAUUCUGUAGAAUACAGAAUGAUGACAACACUGUCAAUGGCACAUGGCCUGAAGCUUAGGAUAGCCAGGAGAUCCGCAGAGUUGGACCUCAAUGAUGUGCAUGAAUUAGAUGUUUAUGAGCAACAAAUAGUGAACAAUGAAUCGUAUAAGGAAAUUGUCACACAAAUUAAUGCACUAAUGUCCAACAAAAUGAUCAAACCAAGAAAUAUUCUUAUACUGCAUUACCCUGUAACACUAAUUGCAGCAGUGAAAAAUCAAUAA